ACCCCUUAAUUGUAAACCUUCACUACACCUGUGGUCAUGUGACCUCCAGCAGCCUAUAAGAAAUAAGUAGGUGUGUGUAAACGUAUGUAGAGCUCUCUCUAUUAGUAUCUUAAAGCCUUACCUCCUACACUGAACAAGGAGGAUGUGACGGAGUGGAGUAAAUGAUUCACUAGUACACUGACUGCCAUCGAGUAGACUUUACCUCUUACUUAUUGGAUUUACAUACUUCAUAUUUAUCUACUUAUAACAACAUGGAUUAAUGGAUUUUCAAUUAUUGGACACAUUAAGAAAGCAGACACCAUUGUGAACUUGACUGUUAGAAAGGAUACACGACAUCAACUCUACCUCCACAACGACUAUUAGAUCAAGGUGAACCAUAUGAAGAUUUGGGCUAACAUGUUGGACUGCAGGCAAUGUGUCAACAUGGUCACCUUUUAUACUUUCACCGGAUUACUGCAUUUAACAGCUCUAGUGGGAGCCUGGCAGAUGAAUUUCAAUCCCAGAUCCACAGUAUCAUUGUUUGAGAUAGAAAAUGCAGGCGUGGCAUCAUUUCCAUCUGAUACCUCUUCAGAGGGAUAUUACGACUGGUUUAAGCUGUUUAUUUCUGAUGACAAUAGUGUGGUUAUUGGGGGCAAGAACCAAUUUUAUAACCUCAGUCUCCCAUUGCUGCAUGUGAACGGGAGAGAACAAUGGCCUGCAGAGGAAAAUAAAAAGGCUGCUUGUUUGAUUAGGGGUAAAACACAGAAAGAAUGCCAGAAUUACAUCCGCGUGAUGCUCCAAAAAACCCAAGAUGAACUCUUUGUAUGUGGCACCUAUGCAUGUAGUCCAAGCUGCAAAACAUACAGGAUUCAACAGACUUUGGAUGGUGGUAUCAAUUAUCGUCAGAUAGGUUCAUUGUCCAAUGCAAAAGGGGUGGCCCCCUAUCUGCCACAGAGUAACAGCACUGCAUUGUAUGCAGGUGGAAAAAUAUAUACUGCCACUGAAUUACACUUUGAUGGCAAUGAACCUGUGAUUUACAAUGGAGAUAUCAGAGUACAGAGAAACUCAAUGAUGCUCAAUGUUCCCACACAUUUUGUGAGCUCAAUGGAAUAUGAAGAUAAAAUUUAUUUCUUCUUCAGUGAGCCAGCAGUUGAGUACAUCAACUGUGGAAAGGCCAUAUUUUCAAGGGUGGCCAGAGUGUGCAAAAAUGACCAGGGAGGAAAGAUCUUGCUGAAAAAAGAAUUCACAACCUUCUUCAAAACCCGUCUCAACUGCUCCAUACCAGGGGAUUAUCCUUUUUAUUUUGAUGAAAUCCAGGCGACAUCUGACAUGCACAAAGGUAAUUACAUGUCCUCCUCUGACCAGUCCAAUGCCACGGACAUGAUCUAUGCUGUGUUCAACACCCCGCAGAACAGCAUCCAGGGCUCAGCGAUAUGUGCAUUCCGCUUCUCUGACAUAAUCCACGCAUUCAGGGGGACAUUCAAAGAACAGAAAGGAAAGGAUUACAACUGGCAGUCUGCGCCCCUGGACAGCAUACCAAGUCCACACCCAGCUGAGUGUGCCAACAGUUCAACAGUCAUCGAUGACAUGACAUUGAACUUUGUGCAGGAACAUCCCAUGAUGGAAUCUGCCGUACCUGCAUUUGGUGGACAGCCAGUUGUCAUGGCAACAUCUCUAACUUCAACUUUUACCCAAAUGGCUGUUGACUGGCAAAGAAGGGCUGGAGAUGGACGCUACUAUGAUAUCAUGUUUAUUGGAAGAAGUGAUGGUUACGUAUUGAAAACUAUAAACAAAGGCAGAGGAUCAGCCAUUGAGACGGUCACAAUUGAGGAAAUUGAGGUCUUCAGAAACAAACCAUUCACAAGUAUGAAAAUCUUCAGAAAUCCUAAUGGUGAGGAGAAACUGAUUGUGGUGUCAGCACACCAGGUCAAAACCAUUCCACUUCACAGGUGCCACCUACAGAAAACAUGCAGUGCUUGUGUAGCAUUACAAGACCCCUAUUGCUCUUGGGCAGAAGGAAAAUGUGAGAACUCUAUAAAUGGCAUUCAGAACAUUUACCAAGGUGUCAACUCCAGUUGUCCUGCUGACCCCUCCACUACAAAAGAAUCCACAAGAGUGACUACUCCAGCACCUGCAGUGACAUGUGCCCCCUGCAUAUGUCCACAGCCCACAGUCGGAGGGAGUCAGACCAGCCCAUUGAAUAAUAAUAAUGGGAAAACUGUGGUUACAUCCACGGCCUCCUCAUCCCCAGUUGAUGGCGCUGGUGACAAAAAGAAAGACCAAGAUAUUAAAAAUUCCAGUGCUGAGGCUCUUCCAAAUGGUAAGGCUUGUUUCUUGUGGAAUUCAUUCUCACAAUGGCGCCUUGCACUUUUAUAGAUAUGUUGUAUUUUAUAUCAAGUAUUAUAUUCAUAGAUGUGAGUCUGACUGUCUAUCCGUCUGUUCUAACUGUCUGCCUGUCUGUCUGUCUGUCUGUCUGUCUGUUUGUCUGUGUCUUUUCAAUCAUCGGUUGAUUUUGGUGUGUGAAGUCAUCUUCAAGGUCUUUCCUAAUGUAGCAUGAAAGAAAUACCUGUUCAGCAAUGGUGUAGAGUAUGAGGCUAAAAGGAUACUUAUGAUAACUAGAAUGGCAUCCUCUUUUCCCAGUGUAAAGAGCACUCCUUUGAACUAGAAUAUAACACUUCAGAAUCUGCUUAGGGGAACUGAGAACAUGUAUCUUGCAUGUGUUCAAGUUUGCAUGUUUUUCUCGGAUAGUUUUGAGUAAUUUUUUGAGAGAAGAUUAACCUGUAUGAAUAGUUUGUUAUCAU